UCUAACAUGGCGGCUUCCAGGUGUUCACACGUGUGCUGAUUGGCGUAGAUCUGUCAGUUUGGACCUGUCAUAUUUAUGUAAACAAAUGGACACUUCAUUGAUUGGUUGUCUCUACUGUAAAACCCUUCGUGUGCCCGAUUAGUAAACAGGCAAUCGUGGUGUUAUUGUCUCCUUGCGUUGAGGAUGCCUGGAUGUAUUAUGGUGAUGUGUGGUCUGCCGGCCAGCGGGAAGACAACCCUGGUGUCUCAGUUUGUUACCUCCAUGUCAGAAGAGUUCUCCUGUCAUGUGGUGGACUAUGACAAACUCAUGCCGCCUGACACAGAGAAACAGCUGAUACACCAGGGCGCUAAGGCUCAGGAUAUUUCUCUGUGGAAGAAGUACAGAGAAGUGAUUAUUAGUUGUGUGGACAGACUGUUGGACAAAAUGAAGGUGCCCCAAACAGUCAAUCAACAGGACAAGAAGGCAGACACACAUCAGGUAGUCACACAACAUACAGACACACUUCAGACAGAUAAACACCACAAACAUCAUACAGACACACAUCAGACAGAUAAACACCACAGACAUCAUACAGACACACACCACAGAGAUGUACAUCACACUGACACACUAAUUUGUCAGUCACAAGCUGAAGCAUCAACACUGUCAGAAGAUUCCAGUCAGACGGGACCAGAAGAAACAUUAUGGCCACAGUUUGAACUCAAUCUUGGACAAGAAGAAAACAGAAAUGGUCACAACUGUCAAAUGGUGGUUGUUAUUGAUGACAAUAUGUAUUACAGAAGCAUGAGAUACGACUAUUAUCAACUGGCCAGAAAAUAUAGACUUGGAUUCUGCGAAGUGUAUGUUGAUUGUCCAUCUGACAUGGCUGUUGCCAGGAACAGGCAGAGAACCCUGGGAAGGGUGGAGGAAAAUGUCAUUGUAACCAUGGCAACAAAAAUGGAAGUUCCCGAUGGUGCAUCUUACCACUGGGAAAAAUAUUCAAUAUCAAUCACGCAUGACACAAAGAAUGGUUGUUGUAGGAUGCGGGGCCUGGUGGAAGCAGCCAUCUUGGAUCCAGUUCAGGCUGUUGUAGAGGAUGUGGCAGGGAAGGAGGAGAGUCGUCGCCGCUGCUCAGAAAACGUCAUCCACCAAACUGAUCAAAUACUCCGUAAACUGCUGGCAACUCGUAUGAAGACAGCUAAAGAGACACAGCUGUCAAAAGCAGAUUUAAGAAGUUUGUCUACAAAACUGACAGAAGUAAAGUCCAUCAUAUUGACCGAGAUGAGGUCAGGGCUUAUAACCUUUACCAUGGAAUCACAGGAUUCAUCUAAAGAUGAAGAAAGUGAACUCUUUCAGUUUGUGAAAAAUAUAUUUGAGUCAAAACUAGCUCUGACAAGCUGAUUGGAGAUUGUGUGAUAUUUUCAUGUAUUGUAUAAAGCAUCACUGUGAUAGAAAUAUAAACUCAUUCCGAGAGAUAAAGAAGUGUGUCGCAUUUUUUGUGUUAAACAGAUAAACAAAC